UAAGAACGUGCUAGAAAGGUCACACUAAAAUUGUUUACAAAAUUUUGUGGCAAACAUUAAGUCUGGUAAUUUUAAAUUAAAAUCAGCGAACCACCAUGUUCCUGUCCAUCGCCCCGCCCCUAAUGGACUUCGAGGACGAACUCCUCUGGAUAAACCAGUCGAACAGCGACAAGGUGGAGAUAAUCUACGACAAAUCCAACUACGUUACCCCCAACACAAAGCACCUCAUCGAGCAGGCUUUCCUGCAGCCACUCAGUCUGCAGAAUCAGCACAUCCUCUUCGACGAUCUGCUCAAGCAGAACACGGACAUUGCGCGCCAAUAUGGACUGACUCCGGACAAGCUGCCUCUGCUCGUGGAAAACAAUCCUCUGAUCUCCAUCGAGAUUCUGCUACGACUGAUGACGACCUCUGACAUAACUGAAUACUUCAACGUACUGGUUAACAUGGACAUAACACUUCACUCCAUGGAAGUGGUAAACCGACUAACCACCUCCGGACCCUUGCCCACUGAGUUUAUCCACCUGUACAUCAGCAAUUGCAUCUCCACUUGCGAAACAGUCAAAGACAAGUACAUGCAGUCUCGUCUGGUGCGACUGGUUUGCGUAUUUCUCCAGUCCUUAAUUAGGAACAAGAUUGUGAAUGUUAGGGAACUGUUCAUUGAGAUCGAAGCAUUCUGCGUGGGCUUCAGCAAAAUCAAGGAAGCUGCUGCCUUGUACCGACUCAUCAAACACUUGGAAACAGGGGAGAGUGCUCUAUCGUCCAAUUCACUAGCAAAGUAGAGUUUAGCAGCUUUUUAAGUUUAAAACUAGUUCAUAAUUAACCAAUUAAAGCGACAACUCCAGAUGUACAUGUAAAACAAA